AUGGAGGCACAUAUCAAGCAAGUAGAGGCACAUAUCAAGCAACUAGAAGCGGCCCAAUCUGACUUUGAUUUUCCCGAGAUACGGGUACCAAAAACCCACCAGGAACUCAGUGCUGCCACCCAGGCGUACGAAGCUGCCCUGUGGACGAACCCAUCGCUGGCGACGAAGAAACGUGCUUUUGCUGAAGAGCCAGCUACCGUCGAGGAACAUACGGCUGCUGAAGGCGCUCGUGCCGCAGCGAAGGAGUAUUAG